CUAAAUUAUUUCGCACGCCGAAGUAUGCACUUAUUUCAAUAUUGAAACAGAGGACGGCGAGAAAGCAACAAGGCGUACAAUUGAAUGGUGACAACAAUUCAUAAUUUUUAGUUUGGAUUUCUUAGUAACUCCGCAUUUUCGGAAACGCCAAAAUGAGUGAGAAAUAUCCGAGCACAAACUCUUAUUACUCUGAGAAAAAUGGAGGCCAUCCAAAUGGUGAUUACCCAAUGGAAACAUUUUCGGGGGAAGAUGAUGAUCGCACAACAGACUUCACAAGUGAUGAGAAUAAAGACAGAGGAAACUGGUCAGGAAGAAUGGACUUCUUGUUGUCUUGUUUGGGGUAUGCCGUAGGCUUGGGAAAUGUCUGGCGUUUCCCUUAUUUGUGUUACAAGAAUGGUGGAGCUGCUUUCUUCAUCCCCUAUUGCAUCAUGUUGGGUAUCGUUGGUAUCCCCAUCUUCUUCCUGGAGUUGUCUCUUGGUCAAUUCACAAGUAGAGGAAUCUUCAACUGCUGGCAGUUUGCUCCUAUGUUUAAGGGUAUUGGAGUUGCUAUGUUCAUUGUGUCCCUUCUAGUAGGCAUAUACUACAAUAUGAUCGUAGGAUGGAGUAUAUACUAUCUCUGUGCUUCAUUUACUAGUAAACUACCUUGGAGUGAAUGUGGAGACUGGUCAUCUGAAUGGUGUAGUGAAAAUGUAAAAGAUUUGAAUGCCACCCAGUGUGUUGCCCCAUUAACUUACAAUGACACAACUACUGUGUGCUAUAAUGGCUCUACAGUGUAUGGGGUUGUAGACACCACAGUAGCAGAAACAUUUGGAAUGAAGAAGAUAAUCCCAAGUGAAGAUUACAUGAAUCGUGCAGUUCUUGGUACUGCCUUCAGUGAGGGUAUACAUGAUUUAGGACCACUAAACUGGAGGUUGUGUCUCUGUCUCCUGGGUGCAUGGCUCAUUGUCUUUUUCAGUCUUAUCAAAGGCAUCAAGAGCUCUGGAAAGGUUGUCUACUUCACUGCCCUGUUUCCAUAUGUUGUGCUAAUCAUCCUCUUGGGUUGGGGCCUUACCCUGGAUGGCUACUUUGAUGGUAUACGUUUUUACAUCCUAGAGGCAGAUUUGAACAAACUAAAAGAGGCUCAGGUAUGGAAGGAUGCAGCUGUCCAGAUUUUCUUCUCGCUCUCGGCAUCAUGGGGAGGUCUCAUCACACUGGCCAGUUACAACAGAUUCCAUAAUGAUUGCCUGAGAGAUUCGCUGAUUGUCUCCAUUGGAAACUGUUUGACAAGUUUCUUUGCUGGCUUUGUCAUUUUCUCAUAUCUUGGAUUCUUGGCUAAGGAACUCGGCACUACUGUAGCCAAGGUUGCAACUAGUGGGCCCGGUCUUGCAUUUGUCGUAUACCCCGAUGCUGUCACCAGAAUGCCCGUCUCCCCUCUCUGGGCAAUCCUGUUCUUCAUCAUGUUGAUCACAUUGGGACUGGACAGUCAGUUUGCCAUGUUGGAAACCUUGACAACAGCUGUCAUUGACCAAUGGCCUGAUGCAUUGAGAAAAAGGAAAAGUUUUGUCAUUGGUGGAUUCUCCCUGAUUAUGUUUGGCCUUGGAUUGCCCAUGUGUACAAAUGGUGGUAUAUAUAUCUUAGAACUGAUGGACACAUAUUCUGGAGGAUGGAACGUGCUGAUCAUUGCCUUGGCUGAAUGUAUAUCUAUUGCAUGGAUCUACGGAUUUACACGAUUCAGGGAGGAUAUCCGAACCAUGAUUGGUAACUUUGGCUGCAACUGCUUCCCAUGGACUUGUUGUUCAUUCUGGUGGAUAGGAUGCUGGGCUAUACUGACACCCCUCGGAGUUCUGUUUAUCCUGUUUUUCUCUUGGAUCGAGUAUAAACCAAUCACAUCAGGGGACUACAUCUAUCCAGUUUGGGCAGAGGCGAUUGGUUGGUGCAUGACCCUCUCUGUUGUACUUGGUCUCUUUGUGACGAUGUUUGUUAUGUUUUGCAUCACACCCGGAAGUUUCAUGGAGAGAAUGAGUUACCUUACUAACCCAACAAGGGAAUGGGGGCCAGCGUUGGUCCAACACAGACGCAAGAUAAAACAUGUUCCUGGUUUUGUUGUCGACCCUUCAUCAGACUCCACACCUUAUGAUGACCAGUACCCUAAUAAAGAGUUUGGUGGUAGCUACCCUGCUACAAAUUAUAAUGAUAUCCAGGUUGAUGUGGACAAUGGCGUUACAAACACAGCUUAUGAGCCCUAAACAUUCCAGUAAACAAAAAUUAAGAAACAAACAAGAGAUAAAAAUAUCUUACAACACAUUCCUUGGCAUUUCAGGUUCUCCAUCAAUAUUAAGACCUCUUAGAAUAAGAACGUAACAUUUAAAUAGAAAACAUUCUAAUUUGUGCACUCUGGAAACAUGGAAGAUGAAGGAAUAAUCAAUGAUAAAUGUAUCCCUGAAUAAUCUUUCAAGAAUAUACAGGUGUUAAAUUUAAUGUAGGAUGCUAUGGAUUUAUAUGUAGACACUGAUAUUUAUAAUGUAAUUACGGUGCAUUGCUCAAAUUAAUUAUUAAUUAGCCUAUGUAAUGGCAUAUCAAGGAUACAUUUGGAAUAUCUAGGACAAUUAUGACAUAUCCAGGAAAAUAUGGCAUAUCCAAGAUGACUAUAAUAAAAAGUUAAGUACAACUGAAUCAAUCGUCACCAUUGGGUAACAAAGGUGACAUAAAGGUGACAGAUAUGUCACUGUUGGACAUUAAAAGUGACUGAAGAAUAACAAGGGCAAGCCGCUAUAACCAAGAUGGAUAACUACAAUAAUGGUCUUUGGAUGACUACAAUAAUGGAAGGAAUGCUCAAUUAAACAUAAUUUAAGAGCUAUCUAAAGGGACUAUAUAAUAUAUAUUAGAAUGAGCUGUACAAAAGAUGCACCCCUAUUUAAACUGAUACUUUUUAGCUCUUCAAAUGCAUUCCAAGUUAAUUGGCUUAAAAUGUUGCAUUCCAUGUUAAUUGGCUUAAAAAUGUAUAUAACCGCAGAUAACAGGUAUUUUUAUAUAUCAAUUUUAAAUGGAGGACAAGUACAAACCUUUUAUGGAUUUUUACAAACAUUGUAAGUUUUUAAGGGGUCUUUAUCUCAUCUGUAGUCUAUUUUAUACUAUGCUUACUUUAAUUGUACAUUGCGUGUAUAUAAAGUACAUAAAGUUUUAAACAAAUGAAUAACAGUGGAUAUUUUAGAUUAUGGCUUAUAUACACUAGUACUGAUAUAUUUUUAAUAAUUUUAUAAGAAUACAUUCAGAAGAGUUAGAGUAAAGCUGUGUAGAUCUGUUAACUGAGUAUUUUUAUAUUUCAUGUACUAUGUACCUGCUCUAUACUCAAAUCAAAAUCAAGAAAAAUUGAUCCAUAACUCUCAUGUCAAUUCUCAUUUCAAUUGAUUAAAGAAGCUGAUAGUGUUCCACAACACAUAUAACCUUAUAAAGCUAUAGUUUUGCUAAAAAAUUGAAAAUGAAUAUCGUCCCUGAAAGCUACAAAUACAGUGCAAACAUUAAAGUCCUGGUAAAAACCAAUUAUGCAAGUGAACGUAUUCGACUAACUUAUAGUGAUAUUUAUAACUAUACAUAUUAAAACAUUAACAUUUUCAUAAGGUGAAAUCCAAGUUUUCUCAACUCCAUUGAUUCAACAAACUGUAUAUCAAAAAAGAAAGUAUUUUAUCAUUUUGAUGGAUUUUAGUUCAGUAUUCUAUAUGUAACAUGGAAACUAUCCUAGCAUACAAACU